AUGUCCACUGUAUCCUCACAUCUCCACCGACGGCGUUUUCAACACAACCCGUAUGCUGUCCAACUCCUAGAUGUAUCCUCUGAAGAGGUCAGCAGUCAAAGCAACAGCAACAGCAAUAAUAAUAAUACUACUACUAAUAAUAACAGUGAGAAUGUAUACAGUCGAGCAGCAUUGGAUUUUCUCAACGCCGCCUCUUAUGUGGAAGAUACACUCUCUCUCUCUCAUACAAAACACUUUGAUGCGAUGGAUCUUAUUCACGAUCGAAUGACAAGUACGGAGUGUGAGGGCGGUAUUUCAGAUGUGGGCAGUAGUGAUGAAACCAGCCGCACCGCCUCUUCUUCACUUCCUCUUUUUACCCAUAUGAAUACAAUCAAUCAUCAUAAUAUGAAUAACAAUAAUAAUAAUAAUAAUAAUAAUAAUAAUACUACACAUAUGUAUCCAACAAUGAAUCCAUCCACUUCUACUACCACUACUACUACUACAACUAAUACAAUGAUGCGGAUGAGUCCCACACCACUUCCAUCGUCCAUGAUGAUGAUGUCCACAACAACGGCAGCUUCAAGUAUGAUGUCAACAACAACAACAACAACAAGUCGUGUGGUUCGUUACGCCUCUGUGGAUUUCCGCUUUGGCAGUGCGUGGUUUGUUGCCCCCUUCCGCACCGCCGUUGGGGAGAUGGUGGUGGUGGAAUAUCCACACAACGGGAGUUUACAUCUCGGCCUGGUGAGUUGCAUCACCACAAGUGUGCCGCCCACACUCGCCCCACUCAUUCUCCCUCUUAAUUCUUCUAUUCCCAAUACUAAUACUAAUAAUACUAAUAAUAAUAAUCCGAUGACGAAUGCAAGUCUGCAUAGUCUUCCCAAUAUGAAUAACAGUCAUGUGGAUGAGGAGACCAGUAGUAGUGGUGGGAUGCAGCAUUUGGGAUUUUCCGCUAGUGGGAUGUUAACAGAGGAGGAGCGCCAUCAACAUUGCCCACGAUUACUUCGGCAUGCGCGGGAUUUUGAUCGGCAGACAAAAUUGGAACUCCGCUCACAUGAUAUUGCCUCUCUGAAGAGUGCGCAGGAACUCGCUGUGGAGAUGCAGGCGCCAGUCACUUUUUUGGAUGCGGAGUGGCUUCUCGAUCUCACCGCCGUUACUUUUCUGGUGAAUGUGUGGGGGGAAAUGACACUUGUGGAUAAACUCGCAGAUGAGUUGGCCGCCUUGGAAGGGGCGGAAGUCGUAUUUACAUAUCCCGCUCUCAACUAA